AUGGCCUCACAGCGGGCCUUCUCUCCGGCCGCGGUCCGCCACCCCUGCCUUCGGUCCCUCCCCCGCGGCCCCGUCCCGGCCCCAGCCCUCGCCCCUUCCCGCGGUGGCCCACCCGAUCGAUCCCCAUCGCCCGCCCCCGCCGCUUCCGCAGAUGCCGCCCUGGUGCUCGUGGAGGAGGACCAGCGCCACUACAGGGAGGUUAAUGACCGCAGCGCCUCCCGGGCGGGUCUGGACUCCCCAUGCCCCGCCGACUUCUACGAGCUGCUCGGCAUCGACCUGGACGCCGACAAUGACGCCAUCAGAUCGGCAUACCGGUCCCUUCAGCGCAUCGCGCACCCGGACGUGGCCGGGGACGCCGCCACGGGCCUGUCGAUCCUGCUGAAUCAUGCGUACAAGACGCUGACCAACGAGGGGGCCAGGGCGGCUUACGAUGCGGCAGUGAGGGCGUUCAGAGAGCGGGUGGGGUCGUUCACGGGGAUGCCCGUCAGCGCGUGGCUGGGACCGCCCGGGGAACAGCGCGCGCUUUUCGUGGACGAGACGACUUGCAUCGGUUGCCGCAACUGCACCUGCACCGCCCCGAACACGUUCUUCAUGGAGGACGAUUAUGGCAGAGCCCGUGUGAGCCACCAAUGGGGAGAUGAUGAGGAAGUUUUGAGAGAGGCGAUGGACAUGUGUCCCGUUAACUGCAUCCAUUUCGUAAGGAGGAAGCAGCUGGCGCUGCUGGAGUUUGUCAUGAAGGGCUGCAAGCGCGAGGACAUCGCCAUCGUGGCGCGCCGCAGGAGCGGCAACAUGGGCAUCGCGCCGGCCUCCAACGACCCCUUCACGCGCGCCGAGGUCUUCCUGCGGCGCCGCGAGCGGGCAAAGUCGGCGGAGGAGAUGACGGGCGAGGACCCCGGGAGGGCGCGAUCUGAACAGGACGAGGAGCUUUCGGCGACGAUCGCCUCAGCCUGGCUGGCCGUCGACCCGGAGCUGAGGGCCAAGGGGUGGCCGUCUUGGGAGCAGGCGGCCGCCGAGGCGAAGACCUGA